AACAGAACUAAUUGCUUCAAAACUUCAAAGAAAGAAGCUGAACAGGCUCAGAACUGGAGGAAUGAAAAUUUUGAGCGGCCCAUCGACCUGGAAGGCUCUGGAGAUGACUACUCUUUUGAAGACGAAGAAGUUGAAGAAACAGAGGAAUUCUAUUCAGGUUCAGGCUCCGGCUAUUUUGAGCAGGAAUCUGGGAUCAAGACCGUUGUGCGGGUUGCCACAGACGCCCCCAUUCUCCUUGCCACAACUUCGGCUGUCAUGCCCGUCACAUCAGUGCAGCCGGUCGGCACCCCUUUUGUGCCAUUCCCUACAGCAGGAGCCACCUCUGGUCCAGCAACGACAUCCAGUUUCUACAUCCCAAGAAUGACCGAGGCUCCAGCUGUCACCAUCCAGAAAGCAGUGGGCACGACCGCUGCUACCACCGUCCAAGAUGUCACUACCGCUACAACUACCACCGCCACCACUACCGCCGCCACCACAGCUGCUGCCACCACCACAGCCUCCACCACAAGCACCACCUCCAUGCCAACGAUUGUCCAGAGAGUCCUGACACCCUUUAUCACAGUUGUAGCCACAACACAGUCUGUUACACUUGAAACCCCCUCUGCUGCCACUGCAGCCAGGAUGGAACCCACGACAGAUCCUCCAACCACCACCAGCACAAAAAAGGUUCAAGGGACGCCAAAACCAAGCACCACACAGGAGUCGGAGUUCAGUGAAAAGAGCACUGAGCUGUCCCAGCCUUUGAGUCCCACAGUAGCUACCAAAUCAGCCCAGGGGAAACCUCUGGAUGUGACCCCUUCCACAGCAGUGAAUAAUGAACUGGAAGCCCCUAUCAGUGGCGACUUUGAGAUCCGUGAGGAGGAAGAAGUGGCAGCCCGGACAGAGCUCAGUAAUGAAGUGGUUGCCGUGGUUACCCCAGCAGCUGGACCAGUGCUGAGGAAGAACGCUGAGCCGGGCCUCAUAGACAAUACGAUAGAGUCCAGCAAUUCCGCUGCCCAGCUACCCCAGAAGAACAUACUGGAAAGAAAAGAGGUGCUCAUAGCUGUGAUUGUAGGCGGAGUCGUUGGGGCCUUGUUCGCCGCCUUCUUGGUCAUGCUGUUGAUCUAUCGGAUGAAAAAGAAAGAUGAGGGAAGCUAUACGUUGGAGGAACCCAAGCAGGCCAGUGUCACAUACCAAAAACCCGACAAACAGGAGGAGUUCUAUGCAUAAAAUCCGAACCUCGAGUGCCUCGCUAUCUCUUUCUCUCUCGAUGCUGUCGUUUUUUAAAAAAAAAUCAAAGCAAAACAGAAAUCUCUUACUCUUCACCCAGCCUAUUCUCUUUCUAAUCAAGUCUGUGAGUUUUAACAAGAAAGGUAGAAGGUUUUCAAAUACACCAUUUUUUAAAGUAUGGCACGUUUCUAAAAAAGGAAAAAAAAGUAGUUCUGGUGUUCGAAAACAUUUAAAGGAAUACCUGGCAUGUUGUGCAAACAGGAAGCAAUUUCAGUACGUCUUAGCUGUGCUCUUUAAAGGAAUGCUUGAGUUAGCAGCUUUGCCGGAGAUGUCCUGGAUUCACACCUUCCUCAGGACUAGAACCUUGACAUUUUUGAAAAACAAGGUGGACAGUUUUGCUUUCUGGCACUUUGUAAUACUCUUCAAGACAAGGAUUUGACAACACUGACUUUAAGCACAAGGAGAAGUGACGUACGAUGGUCUGGGCUACUCGCAGCCACCUCCUUCCCAAAACAAUGAAUUCUUUCAGAGCUGUGCUUUUGGAUUACUUCUGUGGUGAUUGCACAUGGUGUACGGAUAACCUCUUCUUGAUUGUGCAUCACUUUCUUUCCGACGGCAUGUCCCUCCAUUCCAUUUCUCUUCAACGCCAGACACUUUCCGUCAACCUGCCUGCUGCAAGAUCAUUCCAACUUGUAGAGGUUUCCAGUUAAGCCUUAUACCCAGAUUUUUCCAACUGGGUUUCACUGUGACUUUGAAAACUCAAUGUCCCACAGUAUUUGCAGACAUAGGCGGUUGGCCAGGAAGACUUUUAUAGGAUAUUAAUCAUGGGGGAGUGGGGAUUCAUGCAGAAUGAGGGGUGAGGGAAGGCAAGCUAUGUUCUAAAUAGAUCACGUUUAACACA